GCAGCCAGAUAACAACCAAACAGUUGGAUCGGGACCUCCUAAAACACCCUUCCACACACACACGCGCGCGCGCGUUACUGAAACUGUCUUUUUUCACUUAACGGAUGCAGCAAAUGGUUGGUGUGCUGAAAAGACUUGAAAAGAACUCAAUUAUCCAAAACAGCGGGAGAGAAGGGCAAAAGAACCAGGAUGAGCGUCCCUCUUUACGCACCGACUGCCAUCCAGCAAGCUCAUCCGACUCCCUUCUACAUAGAAGAUAUUCUAGGGAGGACCACCAGCAAUUCUUCGUCUUCUUCCUUUUCCACGUCCACCACCUCGUCAUCCACUCCGAUCAUCCCCACGCCAACUUUCCCAUCGCCUAACUCGUCCUUUACAAACUUCAUCUCGCCUUACCGGACGCCAAUUUACGAACCGACGCCGAUCCAUCCGGCGCUGUCCCACCACCACCACCACCACGCUGCUGCAGCUUUCACGGCCACCUACGCCUACGCUGGGGCGUUCGCGAGCUCCGUGUACCCCUUUCACCAGCAGCACCGAUCAUUGGGGGAGUAUGCGCAUACCCUCAGACACGACCCUCUCGGGAAACCUCUGCUGUGGCCUCCCUUCAUCCAGCGGCCCUUGCAUAAGAGAAAAGGCGGUCAGGUCCGCUUCUCGAAUGACCAAACCAUCGAAUUGGAGAAGAAGUUCGAAAACCAGAAAUACCUUUCACCCCCGGAGAGGAAAAGACUGGCCAAGAUGUUGCAGCUAAGCGAACGACAGGUUAAAACCUGGUUCCAAAAUCGACGAGCAAAGUGGCGACGACUCAAACAGGAAAAUCCACAAGGAGGUAAACCCGGGGAUGACGUCAGUAGUGCAGCGGGGAGGAAUGACAAAGGAGACGCGACGUCUGACCAGUCCGGGGUUCCGACCCGGAAUGCAGCGGACUCCCACGUGCUUGAAGCCGCACGCGGUGUGCGAUCCACGUCGCCAAAACAGUCCUUCGUGGAACCGGAAUGGAGCCUUUCAGAAGAUACAGACCUGGAGCUGGACAUUGACAACGACAAUCAAUUGACACUCACCCAUCAGCUCUGAGGAUGGACUGGAAAAAUGAAGAAACCGCUGCAAAAUAAGCAGCUUUUCUGAUUGUCUUAAUUAUAGCUGUGAGUUAAAAGAUUUUUUUUUCUCCAUGAAAAACUGACAUCAUUUGCAAUUUCAAAGCAAAUACAAUAAAAAAGGACCAAUGUCUUGUUUUCCAGAUGUAACAUGCACAGACGAACACUUAUUCAUAUGCAACUAUAUUGUACAUAAUUAUGCAUGUGAAAUGAUUGUUACUGUGUCCACUGUAAAAUAAUAGAUUAGAAACGUGUUCAUUUUAAAAUGGAGAUUUAUUGGAAUAAUCACUCAAAGGGUAAUGUCUGUAAUAAACUAUUCAUGUGUGUGGAAAGUGUGGAAUUUUUAGUUGAAUAAUUCAAUUGUAGAUUGACGAAUAUUUGCCAUUAGCACUGCUCAAGUGGAAAUUUAAAUUUACACUGCUAUACAUGUACUACAAUAUAAGUAAAGGACAAAACAAA